GUGUUCUGGGCCCUGGAGGCUGGCACCUGCUCUGCCAGUGCCACCAUGUUCUGGCACCUGUUCUUAGAACAGGAUCGUGCUUCUCCUCUCGUUUCAUGCCUUCCUACCUACUUCUGUUGCUUGCCACUUUCAAAGACCUCUUCGCAAGCUGCUUGGUAUGCGUUGUCAAACAGCUGAGAGCUGUAGUGUCUUUGUCAUGCCUUUAUUGGCGUCCAAAGCAGAAGAGGGAGAAGCAACAAUGAAUGCAGGGUCCAGGAUGACGGUCAGCUUCAGAAAAGCUGCAGCAAGUGCAGACUCAAUUUCAUGAACCAUUGAUGCACGCUCUCAUGCUCCGAUUGGCACGCACAUAGCAAGAUGUACCUGGGUUAUUCUCGGAAGGGCUCCCCACUGACACCCCGUGGCAGCGCCCGGAGGCGCCACCUGUCGCGACCUGAGCGCGUGGGGAGGAGCGCGGUGGUGUACUUAGGACUCGUCCUUGUUGGCAUCGUUCUUUUCGGAGCUGCGGUUCACAACGUCAGGUUCUUCUUCCGGCGGGGCAGUCAAGCAGAUAUUCUUUCAGAAGGUCAACUGGGAAACCUCCGUCUCAGCGGCGAUACACAGCCCCACAUCGGGAUUGACACCGAUGUUUUGCUCGAUGGGGGUGAGGGCAGCAAGGAAGAGCACACGGCGCUUGCGGUGUCAAAAGAACGGAGCCUGGUAGAGGCAGGAGAUGACACGACACUGUUUUUGGACUCUGGGGCGGAAGACAAACUACUUGGGGGGGUGGAAAUGGCUGGUGAAAUCAGAGGGGUUCACAGGGGUUCGAGCAACGCAGGGAAAGGGGCAGUCAAACGUGAGUGGGAGGAGGAGAAGGAAGUGCUUGACGAAGUUGAGAUCGCUUUGCAUAAACUAGAUGGGGGAGCUGUUGAGAAUUCUGAUGAGGAGGACCGGGGAGCUGUGGGGGAGAAGGAGGGAUCGGAGGAGUUCGAGAUGGAGACUGAUGCUGAGGGGGGGGCAAUAGCCGCAGCAGGCAAGGGGGGAGCUGAAGAAGAAUCGCGGAAUGGUGACAAGAAGGUGGUCGGGAAUGAAAAAGGGGCACCUGCGAAGAAGAAAAGUGGUCAUUCUAGUUGCGAAACACACUUUGCCAGCUCAGCCAAGGCCCUCGCAGAGCCGAAUUUGGAGACACGGCGGUUCGAAUCGUUUGAGCUCAAGUAUCUCGGCGCCCAUGCUGCCGGAAAGGAGGGGUCGGGAGAGGGGCCAACGGGAGGGUUCAACGGGCGCCAGACGUGGGAUGAAAGGGAAGAGAGCUUCCACAUACAGGACCCGAUGACGAUUCAUUGUGGCUUCAUGGGCCCCGGCGGGGGAUCUCUCCCCGGCUUUCACUUGGACCCCCAAGAUUCGGACGCUCUCGCCAGCUGUCACAUCGCCGUGGUCUCCGCAACUUUCGGGGCGUCCGACGCUAUCCACUCCAUCUCCAAGUCGCAGGUCUCCGAUCUCAGUCACCGUACCGUGUGCUUCGUCCUGUUUCUUGACGCCGCCUCGCUGGCCGCGAUCAAGAAGGACAGGAAACCGGGCAUCAGCAAAGACGGGCGCAUCGGCAUCUGGCGCCCCGUCGUGGUGCGGCCGCCGCUGCCGUACGACGAUCCGCGGAGGAUCGGAAAGAUUCCGAAGCUGCUGACCCACCGGGUCUUCCCUCGGGCGCGCUACAGCAUAUGGAUCGAUGCCAAGCUAAAGCUGGCGCAGGAUCCCCGGGCGGUGCUCGAGCGGUUUCUAUGGCGGGAGAAGGCGGAGUUCGCGAUCAGCAACCAUUACGACAGGCAUGACGUCAGGGAAGAGGUAGUGCAAAACAAGAAGCUGAACAAGUACGACCACCGGACGAUCGACGAGCAGUACGAGACGUAUGUGCGGGAAGGUCUGGACUCGUUCAAUGGAAGCGAUCCAAACAGACCUCUCUUGAGCUACGUUCCGGAGGGUUCGCUGAUCAUCCGGGAGCACACGCCUAUGUCCAACCUCUUCUCCUGCCUCUGGUUCAACGAAGUCGACCGCUUUACUUCGCGGGACCAGCUCAGUUUUGCACACACGUUUUUGAAGCUUACAAGGUCCAACCCAGACCGGAAGUUUAGGCUGAAGAUGUUUCUAGAUUGCGAAAGAAGAGCGACAGCGAAGUUGUAUCGGCAUAGGGCCGAUGGAGGAAGCACGCAGAGGAAACGGACAGCACAUUGAGACUCGGUUCUAGUCUUCUUGAGGUGAAUCUGUUGCAGGUUCAUAGAGUUUGCUUUCCGGCCUGCUUCAAUCCUCGAAUCGUCCCAGCCUGAUUCGGAAAGGUCGAAAUCAAAGCCCUUAUAGCAGAAUCAACUGAUCAAAG